AAACUGUUUAAGGGAAUACUUUUUUCUUUUAAUAGGACAAAAAGUCUGUUGAAAGCACUUGUCUCUGUUUUGCACGGCUGGUAGACAAUUUCCAGCAUGAGGAGAACUUGCUGCAGCAGGUUGCUUCCAAGGACUUGUUAACAAACAUCCAGCAACUUUUGGUAGUGACACCUCCUAUCCUGAGCUCAGGAAUGUUCAUCAUGGUGGUGCGCAUGUUUUCCUUGAUGUGUUCCAAUUGUCCAACGCUUGCAGUCCAACUUAUGAAGCAAAACAUUGCAGAAACACUUCACUUUCUCCUUUGUGGAGCCUCAAAUGGGAGUUGUCAAGAACAAAUUGACCUUGUUCCACGAAGUCCUCAAGAACUCUAUGAGCUUACUUCUCUUAUCUGUGAACUGAUGCCUUGUCUGCCAAAAGAGGGGAUAUUUGCUGUUGAUACUAUGCUAAAGAAAGGAAAUGCACAAAAUACAGAUGGUGCGAUAUGGCAAUGGCGAGAUGACAGGGGUCUCUGGCAUCCCUAUAACAGGAUUGAUAGUCGAAUAAUAGAGGCAGCUCAUCAGGUUGGUGAGGAUGAGAUAAGUCUGUCGACACUUGGACGUGUCUAUACUAUUGAUUUUAACUCUAUGCAGCAAAUAAAUGAGGAUACUGGAACAGCACGUGCCAUUCAGCGGAAACCAAACCCUUUAGCCAAUACAAACACUAGUGGACAUUCAGAAUUGAAGAAGGAUGAUGCUCGAGCACAACUAAUGAAAGAAGACCCAGAAUUGGCAAAAUCCUUUAUCAAAACACUGUUUGGUGUUCUUUAUGAAGUGUAUAGUUCUUCAGCUGGACCUGCUGUUAGACACAAGUGCCUUAGAGCAAUACUUAGAAUAAUUUAUUUUGCUGAUGCUGAACUCCUGAAGGAUGUGCUGAAAAACCAUGCUGUGUCAAGUCAUAUUGCCUCCAUGCUGUCAAGUCAAGACCUUAAGAUAGUAGUUGGAGCCCUGCAGAUGGCAGAAAUCUUAAUGCAAAAGCUACCUGACAUUUUUAGUGUUUACUUCAGAAGAGAAGGAGUGAUGCAUCAAGUGAAAAACUUAGCGGAAUCUGAGGCUUUGCUAACGAGCCCACCAAAAGUAUGCACUAAUGGAUCAGGAACGCUGGGUACCACUACAACUAUAAGUACUGGAACAGCCACUGCUGCCACUAAUGCAGCUGCAGAUCUGGGCUCUCCCAGCUUACAGCACAGCCGGGAGGAUUCUUUGGAUCUAAGCCCACAGGGACGACUGAGUGAUGUUCUAAAGAGAAAAAGACUGCCAAAACGGGGGCCAAGGAGACCAAAAUAUUCUCCUCCAAGAGAUGAUGACAAAGUAGACAAUCAAGCAAAAAGUCCUACAACUACUCAAUCUCCUAAAUCUUCCUUCUUAGCAAGUUUGAAUCCUAAAACAUGGGGAAGAUUAAGUACACAGUCUAACAGUAAUAACAUUGAACCAGCACGAACAGCAGGUGUAAGUGGUCUUGCAAGAGCUGCUUCCAAGGAUACAAUUUCCAAUAACAGAGAAAAAAUUAAGGGUUGGAUUAAGGAGCAAGCCCAUAAAUUUGUAGACCGUUAUUUUAGUUCGGAAAACAUGGAUGGAAGCAAUCCUGCACUAAAUGUAUUACAGAGACUUUGCACUGCAACUGAACAACUUAACCUCCAGGUGGAUGGUGGAACAGAGUGCCUUGUAGAAAUCCGUAGCAUUGUCUCGGAGUCUGACGUCUCCUCAUUUGAAAUCCAGCAUAGUGGAUUUGUGAAACAACUGCUGCUUUAUUUGACAUCUAAAAGUGAGAAAGAUGCUGUAAGCAGGGAUAUCAGAUUGAAAAGAUUUCUUCAUGUAUUUUUCUCCUCUCCACUUCCUGGAGAGGAACCCCUUGGAAGAUUAGAGCCAUUAGAAAAUGCACCUUUGUUGGCAUUAGUCCAUAAAAUGAAUAAUUGCCUCAGUCAGAUGGAGCAGUUUCCAGUGAAAGUGCAUGACUUCCCCAGUGGAAAUGGAACAGGGAGCAGUUUUUCUCUUAACAGAGGAUCCCAAGCUUUAAAAUUCUUCAAUACACAUCAGUUAAAAUGUCAGCUGCAAAGACAUCCAGACUGUGCUAAUGUGAAACAGUGGAAGGGUGGACCUGUGAAGAUUGAUCCUCUGGCUUUGGUUCAAGCCAUUGAAAGAUAUCUUGUUGUUAGAGGUUAUGGAAGAGUUAGAGAAGAUGAUGAGGAUAGUGAUGAUGAUGGGUCAGAUGAAGAAAUAGAUGAAUCUUUGGCUGCUCAAUUCUUAAAUUCAGGGAAUGUGAGACAUAGAUUGCAGUUUUACAUUGGGGAUCACUUGCUACCAUAUAAUAUGACUGUGUAUCAAGCAGUUAAGCUGUACAGUUUGCAAGCUGAGGAGGAGAGGGAAUCAACUGAUGAUGAAAGCAACCCAUUAGGAAGAGCUGGGAUUUGGACAAAAACACAUACCAUUUGGUACAAACCUGUACGGGAGGAUGAAGAUGGUAACAAAGACUGCGUUGGUGGUAAAAGAGGAAGAGCUCAAACUGCUCCCACAAAAACCUCACCUAGGAAUUCUAAAAAACAUGAUGAAUUGUGGCAUGAUGGUGUAUGCCCUUCAGUAUUGAAUCCUUUAGAAGUUUACCUCAUAUCUACUCCUCCUGAAAACAUAACAUUUGAAGAUCCUUCAUUAGAUGUUAUUCUUCUUUUGAGAGUUUUACAUGCUAUCAGUCGAUACUGGUAUUAUUUGUAUGAUAAUGCAAUAUGCAAGGAGAUUAUUCCAACUUCAGAAUUUAUCAACAGUAAACUGACAGCAAAAGCAAACAGACAGCUUCAAGAUCCACUGGUAAUUAUGACAGGAAACAUACCCACAUGGCUGACAGAACUUGGAAAAACAUGCCCAUUUUUCUUUCCAUUUGAUACCCGACAAAUGCUGUUUUAUGUAACUGCUUUUGAUCGUGAUCGAGCCAUGCAAAGACUACUGGAUACUAAUCCAGAAAUCAAUCAAUCAGAUUCUCAGGAUAGCAGAGUGGCACCACGACUGGACAGGAAAAAAGUAAGUAUAUGUGGUUCUUCUUUUUCAAAAUGGAAUGUGUGAUUUAUUUGUUUUGUU